GCCGGAUAACUUCAGUGUCCUCUUCUCCAGUCGACCCGACACCAACGGACACACGACGCUACCGGUUGACAUCGAACUUCCUCUUCUGUCGCGGCUGAGACCAGACGACGGAAGGCAGGUUUCUUCAGUGUUCGAAUCCUGACCGAAUUCGUUCAAUUUCUUGAGAUCCUACCGGUCUUCCUCUAUAUCGGUAGCUGAUGUUAACGCUCCUAGGCCUGAACAUCAGGUAGAGCAGAGGAUUGGAUUACUCCGACUAUCAUUCAUUGCUAGAUUCCUAAACUCCUUGACGCGAAGUGGAAGUUUAAGGUGGGAUUGCAAGAUUGAUCUAGGCUUAAACGAUGGAGAGAUCCCAGCAGCAGGAGAUCGGAGCUCUUGAAGCUUCUCUAAUGAACCUAGUCCAAGAUCACCAACACGCUACUGUCCGCCUGCAGGAGCAGACAGAGAAAGCUAAGAAAGACGCAAUCAGGAAGGCUGUGAGGGUGUCAAAUCUGUUAGUUGAUGCUGUAAAUGGUGGAGUGGAAGAGUCGUUUGUAAUUGAGAAGCGAAUCGAGUCGGAGAUUCGAGUCUUGGCUGCCACCAUUACUCGAUUCAUGAAGCAGAGCGAUCAAUGGCUAUCAGCUACUCAUGCUAUGAACACAGCUAUCAAGGAAAUUGGCGACUUUGAGAACUGGAUGAAGGUAAUGGAGUUUGAUUGUAAAAGCAUUGGUGCAGCGAUUCAGAACAUUCACAAAGAAUAAGGGCAGGGCCUAUUAUGUUGCGUCCUCGCUGCCUUGUAUACCAGAUGACAUUUACAUUAUGCAUGGAAUAUGGUCCACCAUACAACAUAGUUCUUGAUCUGCCCUCUGUUGUCUUUGAAACAGAGGUGAAGAAUAUUCUUUUGCUAGUGCUGCAACUUUGACCUUUUACCUGGUAGCCAGCCGGGCAUCUCUCUCCCUCCAUCUAAGUCCAGGAGGUUGGAAUGAACGUGUUGUGAAGUGGAGUUGCUGAAGCAUGUGGAUGGGGAUUAGGGCUAUAUGCUCCUUUAUGAACAACUCCCGACAAGCUCUGGUUUUUAGGCAGUCCGAGGAUUGACUUCUGAUCACAAAGUUCCGCUAUCGCCAUCAUUGAUGCAGUGGUUUGUCUUUUUAUUAUCAUCAUCGGAUUAGUUGUAUGUGGAACCUUUCUGGCUGAACAUUUAAGUCUUCGGCUCUAGUCAUGUGGGAUUGUUAAUCAGUUUUUGCACCACCAAAUUACGGGCAUGUCAGAGUUGUUUAGUGGAAAUGGUUAUGUUUUUUUUUUUUGCAAAAUCGUC